CGACGCCCCUGCAAACUUACUUGCGCUCGCGUAUCCCAUUCUUUUGUUUAUAACACUUGUUGUACACGUGCAAUGGCUAAGACUUCUACCAACUUGCCAAACUAUAAUUGCAGUUGAGAUGUUAACUUAAAAGUGUUGUGAAAGUGCGAAAAGAAAAUACCGGCUCCUCCGUCCAACAAGUACAAUUUGUAUGCGAAAUUGUCAUAAACUAUGUUCGCAAUCUUCGUAUGGAGAGUGGUGUGAAACUGAGUUUCGGAUUUGAGAAUACUAGUGACGUGAAGAAAGCGGCAGGAUGAUGGAUUGUCUCUGUCCGACGCCACGCACGUUGGCUUGUCGCGUGGUUCUGCUCGACGAGAGAGAACUGCUGCAUGAAAUACAGGAUAAUAGCACCGGCCAAGCAUUGCUCGACGUGGUAUUCAGGCAUCUCGAUCUACUAGAGACGGCUUACUUUGGUCUGCGGUACGUGGACCAAGAUAACCAAACGCACUGGCUCGACGCUGGGAAACGUCUGCGGCGACAGCUACGUGGUUCUGACACUCAUACGUUCUACUUUGGAGUUAAAUUCUACGCUUCAGAUCCUUGCAAGCUAUUAGAAGAGAUAACCCGGUACCAGUUGUUUCUACAGUUAAAACAAGAUGUCCUUCGGGGUCGUCUGCCAGUCAACUUUGAUCUUGCUGCUGAGCUCGCAGCCUACGUUUUACAAUCGGAACUGGGUGACUAUGAUCCUCGCCGUCAUAUGCCAGGGUACGUGUCUGAGUUCAGACUGCUGGCGCAUCAGACACCGGAACUGGAAGCGAGGGCGGCUGAUAUUCACAGAACACUGACAGGUAUAUCACCAGCGCAAGCUGAGCUCAGCUACUUAGACAAAGUUAAAUGGCUCGACAUGUACGGCGUCGAUCUGCAUCCUGUCUUGGGCGAAGACAGCGUGGAAUACUUCUUGGGACUAGCGCCAAGUGGCCUGUUGCUUCUACGUGGAAAACAUACAGUCGCGACCUAUUAUUGGCCGCGCGUCUCGAAGCUUUACUACAAAGGAAGAUACUUUAUGAUCCGAGUUGCUGAUAAAAACAACGACACUUCUACUUAUGGUUUCGAGUCGCCGACGAGGGCCGCCUGCCGUCACUUGUGGCGUUGCUGCUCUGAUCACCAUACAUUCUUUCGCUUACAACAGACCUCUCCAGCUGCAGCUGAUAUUUUUGCAUUAGGUUCAAGAAUAAGAAACAGCGGCCGGAACUCCCGCCCGCGACCUCCACCUGCCUUCACACGGACGCCCUCUCGGCGUAUCGCCCGUCCACACACAUCCUACUCUUCAUUACACGACGUGCCAAAGUUAGAAGACUUGAGAAUAAAAGACUGCCCUCCUGAAAUGAAACAACCUACCUCAGUACACCGACCUAAUUCGAUAAGUGGGGAAGCGGGUACAUGCGAGCCACCCGUCGGGCCCGGAGGAUCACCUCGGUCGACGCGAUCGGCUCCCACGCGUCGCGGCCUUUACUCCGCGUCACCUACUGCAAAUAGACCGCCGCCUGUGCCACGACACCGAUCCGCCUCUGUGGAUUCGCAGAGUUCAAACGAUUCCCGAUCAAAUCGCAAGCACAGGCAUCGCUCAAGGCGGCAGCAGUCGGAUGCGGAGAGUGAACUGUCUCGGGGAUCAGGCCGUUCAGGUCGUCGGCAUCGACGUCACCGCUCAAGACACAAGCACGAGUCCGGAUCAGAGAAAGACGACUCACAACCUGACACUAAGGAGUACGAGUUAGUCGAUUCCGAGUCACAAUGGAAGGAGGUAUUAAGGCAAACGUCGGCUGGCGGGGGAGUGCAAGUAGCGAAUGUCCGUCGCUCGCAAAUGGAACCAGAGACUGGAACUCAUCGGUCUUCCCAUAGACCCCGAAGGCAUAAAAAACAUCGGUCACGUUCACGUUCACCGAACGAAAAGAAGUGGCUGCCGACUGAACUAAAGCAACACCUCGAAUUCUCUUUAGUCGAUACUACAGGAAUGACAGAGGAACAGCUUAAAGAAAUACCGUAUACCGUCGUGCAAACCAGCCACGCUCGGCAUACCAAACUCAGGACGUCAUCAAAACAUAGACAGAAUGAUCACGGAUCACUUGCUAGGCGAGAAAAGAGCUCCUCAUCGCACAAAAGUGACCAUGAAAACCACAAUCAAGGAUCUGUCAGAUCGAACUCAAGCAUUCUCAGCACGCACCGAAUCAUUGAAAAACAUGGAAGGCGGGUUUACCCGAGUUUCGACGAAACCGUCGGGAGAACAGGCGACGAUUUCCUCACAAACAAUGGAUAUAAAACCACAGUGACACCGGCGUUACACAACAACAACCCUUACAGUCCCGUGACAAAUAGUAACAGUAACAGUUCAAGUGGGGAACUGAUAUCGGGCAGCGCAAGAGUCUCGCAUGAGCAUACAGAUUCUGGGUUAGGUGCUGAUCAGGAUUACGCCUAUUCUUCCGAGAGGUCGAGUGACAGCGCGAAGUGCGGCGCAGGCGGUUCGCAAGUGCCAGUGAGUAGGCAGUGGAGGGCGGGCGGGGGCACGGGUUGUGGCGCGGGGGGCGCGGCAGGGCUGACGCGGCGGCCGCCCGCAGUCCCAGGCCGCCGGAUAACCGCAUCAGGGUCGCAACGCUCACUGCUCUCAGUCGCCAGCGACAGUGCGACGUCGCGUCGCCCGCGCGACCUCGCGCCUCGCUGCUACUACCCGGGUCCCGCGGACGGUGGCUUUUCCCUUUUCAGACAUGCUAGCAACAACAACAUAAUGGUCGGCGAGAGCGGAUCGCUGGCGCGGCGGUACGCGCGACCUACGCGGGAGUCGCGCGACUACAACGCGAACGUGGCCCGCACGCACGCGCGACUUGCGCACCACGCUCACUUGCGACACGACAACACCCUCGACAUUAUUCUAAAACCUCUCAUAGAAAGCACGCAGUUACAGAGCAACUGAAUACAGCGAGAACCCCUUCCAGUAGCGGGGAUUCCGUGUUUCACACUAGUAACAUCGGUAAA